CCUCCACUCCUUCGCGCCUCCAAACAGGCCUACCGCGACAACCCCGUCGGCCCAAACAGCUUCGCAAAAUAUCUUGCAGCAAUCGGUUUUUUUGGUUUAAUUCCCAUUCUUGAUAUCAGCAAAUCGCCACAUACCGCCAAGAUGUCGGUCGUGUCCCUGCUCGGGGUCAAUGUUAUCAACAACCCCGCCAAGUUCACCGACAAGUACGAAUUCGAGAUCACCUUCGAGUGCUUGGAGCCGCUGCAGAAGGACCUCGAAUGGAAACUCACGUACGUCGGCUCCGCGCAGUCGGACCACUACGACCAGGAGCUGGACUCGCUGCUGGUCGGCCCGAUCCCGGUGGGCAUCAACAAGUUCGUGUUCGAGGCGGACCCGCCCGACACGAAGCGCAUCCCGAUCGACGAGCUGCUCGGCGUGACGGUGAUCCUGCUGACGUGCGCCUACGACGGCCGCGAGUUCGUCCGCGUCGGCUACUACGUCAACAAUGAGUACGAGAGCGAAGAGCUGGCCAACGACCCGCCCGCCAAGCCCGUCAUCGAGAAGAUCCGCCGCAACGUGCUCGCCAACAAGCCGCGCGUCACGAGGUUCGCCAUCAAGUGGGAUUCCGAGGCUUCUGCUCCGCCCGAGUUCCCCCCCGAGCAGCCGGAAGCCGACCUCGUCGCGGACGAGGAGGAAUACGGCGCCGAGGAGCUUGCCGAAGAAGAGGAGCUGCUCGCUGCCGAGGAGGCCGCCGCCAACGGCGAAGGGGCCGGAGACAGGGACACCCAUAUGGAGGGUGUCGAGGGGCCCGAUGGUGAGAACGGAGUUGAUGAGGAAGAUCUCUCCGACGAGGGCAGUGUCGAUAUUGAAGGCGAGAGUGAGGAAGAACUAGAGGAGUAUGAGGGCGAGGUCGAGGGUGAGGGCGAAGGUGAGGCCGCUGAUGGCGACGAUAUGGAGGUCGACAAGCCGGAGGGUGCUGUUGGUGAAGGACAUAAGCCGGAUGAUGUGAUGGUUCAUUAGACGAUGAUAUGAGUGGCGGGGAGAGGCGCUGAAGCGGCAACGUCGCCCGUGCGUCAGGGAGGGAACACGACCCGGAACAUUGUUUUGCAUGGGCUAGGAGAUUUGGAGGAGAGCACAUUCAUACCCCUAAACGUUCUGGCUUA